GAAUAAGGAGAACAGUGACGUGCAGCCGUCUCUUAAUGCCUACAAAUACGGAGAUAUGCUUUUAAGCUCAUAUGAAGUGCUUCUCGCUAUGUUAAAGUGCAAACACGCUCGCACAACCGCAUAUCCAGCGGCCAACGGCCUGGUUGAGCGUUUUCAUAAACAACUCAAAGCAGCCCUCAAGGGUCAUCCCGGUUCAGAAUGGCAUGAGGCUCUUCCGCUUGUCCUGUUGGGCAUUCGGAAUGCGACAAAAGCCGACCUGCAUACUACACCGGCCGCACUAGCCCUCGCCUGCACGUUACGUCUUACGGGUGCAUUCGAUUCACCGAAGCCCCAACGUAGCUUUAACUACUCAGAUUUUGCACAACGACUCGCGCAUCACAUGCGUGAGGGACACGCUGCUACCACACGGCAGCAAACAGUACCCGUUUACGUACCGAAGGAUCUUACGCGUUGCACGCACGUUUUUCUUCGCGUAGAUAGCAUCAACACACCUCUACAGGCACUAUACACCGGUCCGCAUAAGAUAAUCAUGCGUAAAGACAAGUACGCCAUAAUAGAAGUUAACGGCAGAAAGAAGUCCGCUAGUUUAGGCCGACUAAAACCGGCGUUUUUAGAAACUGACACCACUUCUAUUUCACCUACGAAAGCUGCAGAUCCUCCGUCGGUAGACGCCACGCUAACCAAACCUACAGAGAACCAUCCCUCAACACCACCAUCGAUACUGGUGAAGCACGAUCGCCGCGGUCGUGAAGUCCGUAAACCAGUUCGUUUUCAGUGUUGA